CUAGCCCCGCCUCUGCACCAUGUCCAGCCCCACAGUGUAACUCGGAGGAGUAGCGAAAGACUGCGGCGGAUAAUCCAUAUAGAUAAGCAGCAUCGCUGCCGUAGGGACGUUUAACACGCUUUACUGUGAACCCGUGGCUAUUCUUUUUUCGCUUUUUCAUCGCUGCACUAGAAGACUCCCAAAACCAUGGUGAUCCCGGAGGAUGGACCCGGACGACGUGUCAGUUAGAGAGCAGUUAUUUCACAACCGAGUUCGCGAGAGCAUUAUAUGCUGCCUCUUGUUCCUGUGCCUUUAUAUCCUGUCGUACACUAUCAUCACUCGAUUUAAGAAGAAUGCCGAUUUCUCCUACGAUGACAGUGAAGAUGCCACCGUCAACAGAAUUGUGCUGUGGCUCUGCACCUUCACACUUGCUGUGUCAGUCGGUGCUGUCCUGCUCCUGCCUUUCUCCAUCCUAUCCAAUGAAAUCCUGCUGUCCUUUCCAGAGAACUACUACAUGCAGUGGCUUAAUGGCUCCCUCAUCCACGGCUUGUGGAAUUUGGUGUUUCUCUUCUCGAACCUCUCACUGGUGCUCCUCAUGCCAUUUGCCUACUUCUUUACGGAAUCGGAGGGCUUCGCUGGCUCCAAGAAGGGUGUCAUGGCACGAGUGUAUGAGACCUCCGUUAUGUUGCUACUGCUAACGCUCCUAGUGCUGGGUAUUGUGUGGGUGGCAUCGGCCAUCCUUGACAACAGUGCUGCCAGUCGAGAGAGCCUUUAUGACCUGUGGGACUACUACCUGCCAUACCUCUACUCCUGUAUUUCACUGUUUGGUGUCCUGCUUCUUCUGGUGUGUACGCCGUUUGGACUGUCUCGAAUGUUCAGUGUCACUGGGAGCCUCCUGGUCAAGCCAAGACUUUUGGAGGAUUUGGAUGAAACUCUCAACUGCACUGUCUUUGAGGAAGCAGCUCUAUCUGCAAAAAUGAAAGGUAAAGCGUCGUGUUGGAUCAAUGUGGAUAUGGUGGCCUUGAAGAAGCAGUUUCUCACCAUUAAAGCUCGCCGCCUAGCUCUGGAGAUGCGGAGAAAGGCGUCACCAUGGCAACGCAAUUUAUGCUACCCGCUAGCCAUGCUGCUGUUACUUGGGCUGACGGGGGUGUCAGUGCUGAUUGUGUGUUUCCAUGUGCUGGAGCUCUUAAUUGAUGAAGCGGCAAUGCCUCGUGGAAUGGAGGACCACCACCUAGGAAAGGCUUCAUUUUCGGUGUUUGGAUCAUUUGGAGCUGCUGUGCAGGUCAUCCUGAUCUUUUACUUGAUGGUGUCAUCUGUUGUUGGCUUCUACAGCUCCCCCUUUUUCACCAGGUUACUGCCCAGAAAGCAGGAUACUACCAUGACAAAGAUCAUCGGUAACUGCGUCUCACUGUUGGUUCUUAGCUCAGCUUUGCCUGUUUUUUCCCGGACUCUGGGAAUCACCCGUUUUGACCUUCUGGGAGAUUUUGGCCGGUUCAACUGGCUUAGGAAUUUCUACAUUGUCUUCCUCUACAAUAUGCUGUUUGCCGGCCUGACCACCAUGUGCCUUGUCAACAAGUUCACGUGGGCCGUGCAGGCAGAACUCAUCCGUGCCUUUGGGCUCCAUAAGCUGCCGUUACCAGUAUCCCGAUCCCGAAACUUAGCCAAGAGCAUUACCAUCUCUGGAUCUUCUCCCAUGCAGUAGGCCUUUUUUGUGCGUGAAGUGAUGUUGAAGAUGGAAAGCAUGGACCACAGCAAACCUAGUGCUACUGUUGAACAGCAGCCAUUCCUGUACUGAAGAAAUCGGGUCCGGGAUUCAGGAAUGAGAAUGAUCCAAUAUAGCGCCUUUCUUAUCUUAACCUCUGAGCCAUAAUAUAAAGUGACUUCUUGCAAUCAGAGCACAAGGAAGCGAGCGUCGAGCUAUCAUAUUGGUAGGGACCACCAUCAAACUAACUGAGUGGAUUGCUUUGGACAGCUGGGUUCAGUGUUUUUGUUUUUGGUUUAUUUUUGUUUGUUUUUUUUUUUCUGUCUUUUGAAAAUGAACACUUUUUUUAACCAAAUUGUAUUUUAUGUGAAAAUCCGUUUGUUACUUUUACUGUUUUUAACUCCGAAUGCAUCCUUUAAAAAAAAUCUCAAAGGCAGCAGCAGUGGACAUGCGACCAUUGACUGGUCACUCUGAAGGAGAAACUGGACAACCAUGAAAACUGUGAAACGUUUACAUUGUUAGAGAGAAGUGCAAUAUGGGGGGCUCGGGUAAUAGUGAUUAGCUGUUUACAGUAUUUGUGUGCUGACUGUUGACUCUGUGCUGUGUCGUCUCCCGUGUCGUCGUCGUUCAUCUCCCAAGUGUGUGUGAAAAUAAACGUGUGCUGAUGAGUAGUGAUUUUUAACUGCAA